GCUUAACUAAAAUAAUUAAUAGAUGGUCAGAAGUUAGUCAUGGGUUUGAAAAAAAAGCUUAUCUUCUUCAAACCGUUUAAAGGUUUCAAUCAAAUCUCACCGGUUAAACCUGGCAAAAAAUGUGGCUCCAUCUUACAGUCUUCAAGUAGUAAUUUGUCAUGUGGUUUGAAACCAGAAAGGUUUUCACUCUAGUUUUAAAUCAUCGUCCGUCGGAGGCUCAAGAUUUUACACUGUUUUCUACUCACAUUAUUUUUGUUUUUUAAACUUGAUUGUUAUCAAUUUCCAUAUCAAUAUUACAAGUUGUACAUCAUUAUUUUCAUCCUGUGCACUUUUGUUAUGAUUUUGUUUAUCUAACUAUGUCAACCGAUUCGGAAUGGCAAGAUAGCUGCGAUGAUGAGCCUGAUAUAGACUCUUAUCAAUGUUAUGUUUCUAUAACCAGAUUGACUGAUAAGGAGAUAGAAAGAUGGACCAAUCCUGCUUUAGUAAAUUCGACUAGUAACAAUAGUUUGACUACAAUCGAUCACAACUAUUCUGUUUCUAGUAUUACAUAUGACUCUGAUGCAACAACUGUUGAAGAUUUUGAUGUAAAUCGUCCUGGAGGUUCUGUAAAGAAAACUGAAACUGAUGGGCCUUCCAGUUUAUAUGAUGACGAUGAAAUACUUUCUAUUGAAUUGGAUAAAAGUACCAAAAAGAAAGUGCAAGUUUAUGAUAAAUGUACAAUCCCGGAUAAAUUAGUGAGCAGAUACAAUGCACAGAAGAAAAGAUAUUCAUCGACCAUACCUUUGUUUUGCCUUUUCUGCCUUAAAGAAUAUAGUCAAGUCAAUCAAGUCUUAUCAUGUCACUAUCAGCAAGCUAAACAUUUCCCAUUUCGGUGUGUUGAAUGUGAAGAGUCUACACUUGAUAUUAAGGGUAUGAUACAACAUUAUACCAAAACUCAUCCCACCUUAACUCAUGUUCAAUAUCGUCGUAGUUUUGCUCCAGCUAAAGAACGAUGGGUACGAAAAUUUGUGAUUUAUCAACUGAAAUGUAUUACUAACCAAGCCAUAAUGGUACCUAAUGGUAUUCUCCAUAAGUAUUGUCCUGUCUGUAAUCAAUGGGAUUACAAACUUGGUGAUAAAUAUCCUAAAAAUAAACCUCAUCAUAAAUUAAUUACAGUAUUGGACAAAAACCAUAUUCACAAGCAUCUUAAAUAUCAUCCAUUUCAGUGUUUGUUGUGCCUUAAGAAAAAUGUGCGUUGUGAUUUUACUGUUGUUAAUAAGAAAGCAAGACUUCAUCUAAUCAAUCGCCAUGGAUUCUCUAAUCCUACUGAACAAGAUCUGAAAGACAAUUUCGACUCACUUGGUAUGAUCCCUGAGCUUGAAAGAUACAUAAAUAGUUACGUUAAAUUCGUUCAAGAAUCUUUCACUCGGCAAACGUUUCGUCUUUCACCAAUCGCAGACACAUCCAGUCAAACUCCAAAGAAAAUAUUAUCCACUCCAGCAUCUACUAAACAGUCAACUCCGCUUUCCAUUUUAUCUGGUGAAAAGAAGACUGGCUCAUCAGGAAAAGCAUCUAAAGCUAUUUCGAAGUUAACUACGGGUAAAAAGAGACGACAUGAAUAUACGAUUGAUGAUAUGUAUUAUCCGUCUCCUAAAUAUGCUAGAAGAGAUUAUAGUAAACCCAAGAAUGGUAAAAAAUCGUAUAGUAAUGACUCUUCUGUGAUAGACCUUGAUUCAUUUUAUGAGGAUUCUUCCAGUAUAUAUCUCAAACCUGAUCAGGCUCCUCGAAUCAUCUGCAUUUUUUGUAAUUAUCAAGUAACAGAUAUUCUCGCUGCUUGGGAUCAUUACGCAACUCACCUAGAUUAUCGUCCUAUCAAUUGUCAGUUGUGCCAUAAAUCAUUUCCAGGACCGAAGGCAUUUCAACUACAUGGUGCAGAUCACGUUGAUCAUGACAAUCUUCCAUACACUUGGCACCAUGAUGAGAUUAUUGAAGCUUGGAGUCGUGAUUUUUUGAACUCGAUAAUCAAUGACAUUAAUGCAAACCCAGAAUUUGCUUGUUUUUGUCCAAUCUGCAGUAAAAAAUUUCAGAAACAAAAAGUUAGUUCGCAGAAGCCCUCCUAUGAAGAUGUGAGGAAACAUAUCUUUACUCAUCUACGAUACCAACCUUAUCAUUGUAAUUUGUGUACCGGUGACAAAGUUUUUGUUGCGGACCUUGAUAUCGAAGGAGUCAGACAUUUAACUUUCCAUGAAGUUAUUUGCUCUAAAGAAGAGUUACCUAAUCAUUUUACUAGAUCUCGAGGAAUUGAAGCAGUAGAUUCUUUCCUUAUGGAACACUUUAAAAAGAUUCGCCAGCUCUUCAAUACAACUAGUGGUAACAUAAGUGCUGAUGGUAAUGUACCUAAUGAUCCAUUGUGUGAUGUUGAAUCGCUUUUCAAUUCAUUACAAGAAACAUUAGGACAUAACACCUUGAAUAAUAUACUUGAUAAUGUAUCAAAUAGCGAAGAUCGGCCAUCCAACCAAAUCGAUUAUCCAUGUACACCUUCAUCAACAACAUCUGAUCCUGUGACAGCUUCAUCGCCUAUUGAACCUUAUCAAGAGUCUUCACCCCCAUCUCCUAUUAAACCAAUUGCAACUGUAACCAAUGAGUCGUCCGACACUAUGAUCCCCAGUGCAAGUGAAUCUUCUACUUCUGCUAAAAGUUCUCCUAAUCCUGGUGAAAGUUCUCCUAAUCCUGCAGAAAGUUCUCCCGCUCCGGCUGAAAGUUCUCCUACUGCUAAUGAAAAGUCUCCUACUCCAGCUGAAAGUUCUCCUGCAUCUGCCGAAAUUUCUGCUGUUCCGAAGGAAAGUUUUGCUCCGACUGGAAGUUCUUCUCCUACUGAAAGUUCGGAUGCUUCGGCUAAAAGCUCUGCUCCCAUAGAAAUUUCUCCUGCUCCGACUGAAAGUUCUACUUCUAAUGAAAGUUCCCCUACUCAUGAAAGUACUCUCGCUGAAAGUUCUUCUGCUCCUGUUGAAAUGUCUCCUGCUCCGACUGAAAGUUCUCCUACUGCUAAUGAAAGUUCCCCUGCUCAUGAAAGUACUCUCGCUGAAAGUACUCCUGCUCCUGUUGAAAUUUCUCCUGCUCCAGCUGAAAGCUCUACUCUGACUGAAAGUUCUCCUACUCUUGAAAGUACUUCUGCAUCUGCCGAAAUUUCUCUUGCUCCGACUGAAAGUUCUCCUACCGAAAGUUCUGACGUUUCGGCUAAAAUCUCUGCUCCUGUUGAAGUUUCUCCUGCUCCGACUGAAAGUUCUCCUACCGAAAAUUCUGACGUUUCGGCUAAAAUCUCUGCUCCUGUUGAAGUUUCUCCUGCUCCGACUGAAAGUAAUCCUACUCCUGUUGAAAGUUCUCCUGCAUCUGCCGAAAUUUCUCCCGCUCCAGCUAAAAGCCCUGCUCCUGUUGAAAGUUCCCCUACUCCUGAAAGUACUCCUGCUGAAAGUUCUCCUACCGAAAGUGCUGAUGUUUCGGCUAAAAUCUCUGCCCCUGUUGAAAUUUAUCCUUCUCAGACUGAAAGUACUCCUACUCCUGUUGAACGUUCUCCUGUAUCUGCUGAAAUUUCUCCCGCGCCAGCUAAAAGCUCAGCUCCUGUUGAAAUUUCGUCUCCUCCGGCUGAAAGCUCUUCUUCUCCUGCUCCUGGUGAAAGUUCAUCUACUCAAGAGUCACCUAUGGAUGUAACAACUAUAAAAGAUGAAACUAAAGGAAAAAUUGUGAAUAGUCUCACAGAACCACAAUGCGUUAAAAAUGAAAAGUUGGUUAGCGAGAAGAAAAUUUCUGUAAAAACUGAAGAUAGUCAAAUGAUGGUUGAUAUUCAAGAUGAUGUGAUAAAGCCUAUUGUAAAGAAGGAAAAUGAUCAAAAAGUGCGCAUUAAACAAGAAAGGAUACAGCCUGAGAGUGAAAAGCUAAAUGUGAAAAAUUCAAAUGCUUCUAAGAGGGAUAGCACUGGGUCAGUUAAACCUGUAACUCGAAAAAUGCCAGCCCGAAAAGGAAGAGCCAUCGUAGAAAACAAAUCAACUAAUACAUCCCCAAAGCCACCAGAAAUCAAAGAAAUUAAAUUAAGAAGUAAAACUAUUGUGUCAACUGGGACACCUUCUUCUCGAACUCGUUCUAAAACAACUAAAGUUACUACAGCAACACAAACACGAUCUUAAAUUACCACAUUCAACAUCGACUUUUGCUAUCCUCUCAAUUGCUUGUUAAAUUUCCCUGCUCUCAAAACUGUCUUCCCAAAGUCUUCUCAUUAAAUUUGCUCUCUCUAUUUUUCCAUUUUACUCUCAUCUUUUUGUUGCACUCACUUGUCAAUUCAAAAUAUCCUACUUUACUUUUAUUACUGAAACGAAACUUAAAUAUUUUAAAUAAAUGCAUUGAUGAUUA